AUGGUUACUGCGAUCAUUGCGAGUGUUGAAAGUAUGCUCGAAAAAGGGAGGGAUUAUGAAGGCAAAGAAAUUGAUGUAUGCAAAGAAUUCUUGGCUUUGGGUUCAGAAGUGAUUUCCAAGACAGCUUUUCAAAGCAGUUACUUGGAAGGGAACACGAGGAGUAGCACAAUCCCUUAUAAAUUGGUUUAUGUUUCCAUUUUUAUUCGAUCUGGGAUUUUAUCUCUUAAGAGCGAUUUCCUUGGUUCACUACUAAAAGUUCACCAUGAUUCUAAUAAGAAAAAUAGAAUAUCAGUAGAUGAUGAUGAUGUAAUUGAUGAAUGUAAGGUAUUUCACAUUGCUGGACAUGAAACAACUAGCAGCUUUCUAUUUUGGCCUUCUCUUCCCUUAGCAAUCCAUACAGAUUGGCAAGAAGAAGCAAGAAAAGAAGUUCUUGAACUAUUUGGAAGAGAAAAUCCAACAUCAGAAUGCCUUGCCAGAAUGAAGACUGCAAAGUUAGAUAUAGACGAACAUCUCCUAUACUUCGCUACUUCAAUCACAUGCCUCCUCUCUCUCGUUAUAUGUUUAGGUAACAAUGAUCAUCAAUGA